CCUGCCUUCUGGUGCUUUGGAGAAGAGGUUGAGCCACUCCUCUUCUUUCUGGCAGCCCCUCAAAUACUGGAGCAGUCAUUAUGUCACCCUUAUUAUUAUCAUUAUUAUUAUUAUCAUUAUUAUUUGAAAGGGCCGCCUUGGAUUCCCGGUCCUCCUUAAGCCGCAGCCGGGCUGCACCGCCUCCCUGCCGUCCUGGGCACGCCCCGCGGACAGCCAUGGCCCUGGGGCGCGCUCUGGGCUGCGCGGCCAGGCGCUUCUCUGCAGCACCCGCCAAGGAGUGGCUGACGGAGGAUUUCCUCAGUUCCCUCAGAGGGAUUGUCGGGCCCCCCAAUGUGUCCACAGCCGCCAUUGUCCGUGAGCAACAUGGGCAGGACGAGUCGAUGCACAGGAACUGCCCCCCUGAUGCCGUGGUCUGGCCCCAGAGCGUGGAGCAGGUCAGCUUGCUGGCAGCAGCGUGCUACAGCCGAGGGGUCCCCGUCAUCCCCUUCGGGACAGGCACCGGUCUGGAAGGGGGGGUCAGCGCCGUGCAGGGAGGUGUGUGUGUCAACUUGAUGAAAAUGGACCAAAUUUCUGAGCUUCACCCUGAAGAUUUCACGGUUGCUGUAGAGGCAGGAGUGACCCGCAAGGCGCUAAACAAAUUCUUGAGAGGGAGCGGCCUCUGGUUCCCUGUCGACCCUGGGGCCGAUGCUUCGCUCUGUGGCAUGGUGGCCACUGCAGCCUCCGGGACGAACGCCGUGCGCUACGGCACCAUGCGCCAGAAUGUCCUCAACUUACAGGUGGUCCUGCCAGAUGGGAGGGUCUUGCAUACAGCCGGGCAGAGCCGGCGGCCCAGGAAGAGCGCGGCUGGAUACCACCUAACAGGGCUCUUUGUGGGCUCGGAGGGGACCCUGGGAUUCAUCACCCAGGCCACCCUGAAACUGCAUGGUAUCCCUGAGGCCACCGUGGCGGCCACCUGUGCCUUUCCCAACAUCCAAGCAGCCGUGGACAGCACCGUGCAGGUUCUCCAAGCCGGGCUCCCCAUUGCCCGCAUUGAAUUCCUGGAUGAGGUGAUGAUGGGCGCCUGUAACCGCUACAGUGGGCUGAGCUGUGCAGAGCUACCCACCCUCUUCCUGGAGUUCCAUGGCAGCCAACAGAGCGUGGAGGAGCAAGUGCGAGCCACGGAGGCGAUUGUGCAGUUCAAUGGGGGCUCGGACUUUGCGUGGGCCCGGGAACCAGAGGCCCGUGGACAGCUAUGGACAGCUCGGCAUAAUGCUUGGUAUGCAGCGCUGGCUCUUCGUCCUGGCAAAAAGGGCUACUCCACAGAUGUGUGCGUCCCCCUCUCACACCUCCCUGAGGUCCUAGUAGAAACCAAGAAAGACUUGCUGGACUCCAACCUUACAGGUCCCCUUGUGGGCCACGUUGGGGAUGGCAACUUUCACUGCCUGCUGAUUCUCGAUCCUGGAGAUGUCGAAGAAAAGGAGAGGGUGGCUGAGUUUGCCGAACGUCUGGGCAGGAGAGCCCUGGCAGUGGGUGGCACCUGCACGGGGGAGCAUGGCAUCGGCCUGGGCAAACGUUGGCUUUUGCGCGAGGAAGUAGGGGAAGUGGCCCUCUCCACCAUGUGGCAGAUCAAGAUGGCCUUGGAUCCCAAAAACCUCAUGAACCCUGGAAAGGUGCUCUGACCUCGGGAAGGCCUGGCUGGGAGAGGCUCCUGAAUUUGCUUUCCUUGCUGAGAAGCCCGGAGUGAGGCCUCUUCGCUUCCAUCUCCUCUUUCCAGCAGGAUCAGAAAUGCAACUAUUAAACAAUAGGGAAGCAUCCUCAAAUCCCCAACCUGGGGAUUUCAAUUCCCAGAAUGCCUCAGCCAGCAUGGUCACUAUGGAGAAUUCUGGGAAUUGAAGUCCACACAUUCAGAGUCUCCAAAGUGUGGAAACUGUUCCAGAGGCAUCUGUUCGAUCCAAUCCAUUGUGGCAAUACACCACAAAUUCUACCUCUUUGGUGUAUCUGCGAAAUGUCACAACAACGCACGUACAAAAAGCAACGCUAUCUUUGUCAUUACCCCACACAGUCCUUCCUCAGAUGCUUCAGGACUGAUGUGAUGUAUUUCGCUGAAACUGGAGGUUGCAAAACAUUCAUUCGAAGAACGUUUAAUCUCUUUAUUUCCUUCGUUGCUAACGUUGCCUUAGGGGCAAAUCUGGCUUAUGCACAGGUGGCAUCGACAGACCGAGGGUUUCUGUUGUGUGAGCCUGGAAGCGAAAUGCCACGCUUUCCCCAGCUUUUCAGUUUAUUUAGAUCCGCCUCUUGUCUCUUGGGAUCUUUUAUUUUAUUUUGCUUUGUCAAAGCUGCAGUGAAUUGAAGCAGGAGGUAUCCAGAUUUUUCCUACUGGAUUAAUGCAGGAUUCAUCUAUCAAGGAACACACAGAAUCUUUGCUGAUUUCUUCCUCCUCUCUUGGCUUUGCCGUUGGCCAAAAAUAAGUCUUAUCGGUACAUGUUCCUCCUGGUAGUAGCCGACAUACCAGCAGAUGGGCUGGGCUAUACAUCUCUCCACGUUCACACCGCGUGUUGUUAUCCAGUGAGAGCCUGCACUUGAGCACAUGGACUUUACACUUAGGCACUCCAACUCUCAAUCUAUUCCGGGGUGUUAUUUCAGUUUUGUUGUGCUGUGGUGUUAUUUUUUUUUUCUGAACAAGCUGGAGAGUUGGUGUAAUUGCAGCCUUUAUCCAUCUCUCCAGGUGGCCAGGGAGAUAUUCUUUAUAGUUUAAAAAAUGGUAACCUGUAGUAAAUUAAAUCCUGCUGCAAUUUCAUGAUAGAUAAUUUUCUUUAAAAAAAAAACCCCCCGUUUUCAGAUUGUGGCUUAACCAGAGCAUUCCUCACAAACGUCGCUACACUUGAAUACAUGUCUGUUUCAAGGGACUCACAUUUGGAGUGUAAAAACAGGUGUGGUAAACCCACCCAGUGCACGCUUGUCCCUUCGCAUCCCAAAUCGUUCAGAAAAAUAAGAAUACCUGGAAAUAAAAUUACAGUGACUA